ACACUUACAUUGAAUCACCCCAACGAUAAAAAUUGUACAGAUCGUCAGUGCAACAUUUCGAAAGGAUGGGGGGAGCUUUUUGUAUACAAAAGUCGAGUCGAUGUCGCAAAGACAGACUCCUCAUUCACUUCGGUUCCCUAUCAAAAAAUUUCAUCAGAUAUCAUCAUCGUCGUCUAUCAUCACUCACACAAAGUUACCGACUUUCAAUCAGCCAAGUCUUGACAAUGUCAUCCUCCCACCACUCGAAACGGAGUUCUCAGGGCGGCAGUAGCCAAGGCAAUGGUAGCGGCAGUCACCACAGUGGCAGUCGUCACAGUGGCAGUCGUCACAGUGGCAGUCACCACAGCGAGGGCAGCAAAGCCAAUGGCAGUGGCAGCCACCACAGCGAAAGCCGGAAAGGCAAUGGCAGCAGCAGCCAACAAAUGGCUCUCCAGCCAUUUGGCGGUUAGUUCGAUCCCCAUUCCCAGCUACACUUCUUCUGCUUCGACCAACUUACCCACAUCCAUCUCUCCCACCUUCCCCUCUCUCCUAUUGCAAACAUCGACUAACCCCUCAAUCCCCAUAGAUUGGACCAACAGGCAGAGAGAGACAACCUCCACAGCCUACACCCUCCCACGGAUCGGGAAAUACCAUGGGAAGCGCGCGAUGGAUUACGAGACGUGGAUAAGGCAGCAGAAGAUAGAAGAGGAGAUACGCAAGAAGGAGGAAGGAUGUUGCAGCUGCAACGUCAUGUGAGCGGGAUCGAGCGAGCGAGUUGAGUUGAGUCCGGGAGGUCGAGUCGUUGAGUGGGUGGUGGUUGUAUCGAUUCCUUCCCCUUCUCAGGUCAUUUUUUUCCCGCUCUUUUCCUUGCUCCUUUG